AUGAGUGACAAUGCAACUUCUGUCUCUCCCACAGCGGCACCGGUUGCCCCUAAUUUAAACUCCACGGAAAUUCCCAGCUCAGCACCAACGACAGCCAUUCCGACCGAUUCACCAUCCUCUCUUCCAUCUGCUGAAAUUUCACCUUCGCCUUCGUUUGCGAUUACCACAAGUGAUGACAACUGUGACUGUUCCAACUGCAGUAGCACUUCACCGCAGGACACAGAAACUUCAAUUCUUAAGGUUGUUACACCUCCCGAGUUUGUAAAUUAUCUACAGUAUCACAUAACUGGAUUCCAACAAUUGAAUCCUAAUGUUCUUGUUCAGGUGGAAGUUGUCAACCGAGGCGAUGACCAGGAAGAUCCCUUUCGAGCCCUGCAACAGCGCUUGUUAUUGGGCGACGAUGACCCAUGGGAUGGCGCCAUGUUUCCUUCUCAAUUAGUCGGCUCAUUGGACGAUGAGUUGUGGGAACUGGACGAUUACCUCACCACUUCAACAACACAUGAUGUCCUGCCCUUCUUUCAACGAUACUCUCUCUAUGGUAAUGCCACCAAGAUUAUGCCUUUGGAUGGCAACAUCGCCCGCAUGUUUUAUCGAAAGGACUUGUUGGAGCAGCAUAAUGUGACAGUCCCCCGGACGUGGGACGAAUACGAACAAGUUACACAGUACUUUGACCAGAACACUGAAUUUCAAGGUAGCUGUGUCAGCACUUGCGGAACUCGGAACAAUGCUGACUGGGCCUUUCUUGUGUUGUCAACAAUGACACAAACCAUGGGGUCAUCCUCGGGCUUUUUGUUUGACCCAAUCACCUCUCAGCCGGUUUGGGGGGAUGCCAUGGAAGAAACCCUAAGAUUAUUUUCUGGACAUGGCCACGAAGCAACAGAAGACUGCCAGGGUGGGAGAUUUUCACAAGGAGAAUGUGCCUUGACGUAUACUUGGGAUGGCGGUAUUUUUUCGUAUACUGGGAGUCCAGACAUUGGAGUGGCCCCAACACCAGGAUCACCCAUAGUCAUGGAUCGAGUGACUGGGCAACUGGAGAAUUGCACUCCCUCCUUGUGUCCAUUUGGGGAACAAUACGAUGAUAUCGGUAUCGUGAAUAGAGCACCGUAUUCUGCCUUUGGAAGCUGGGUAUCGGGAGUGUCCAACUCAACCGCCAACAACCGAGAGAUGGCCGAUUUCUUUUCCUACCUUCAGUCGCAGUCGUUUCAAGACGUCUUGCCGAACGAACGAACAACCCUGUUGGACUCAUACCAGUACAAACAUACGGAAGCAUAUCGAUGGAUUAAUGAUGGUGGAGUAGCACCAACUAUUGCUGACGAGUACACUGAGAGCAGUCGAGCCAUGAAUUCUCUGAAUGCUGUAAUGCAUCUACGGAUGCCAAAUGCCGAUGCAUUCUUCAAUAUAUUUGACGAAGAAGUCUCUUCAUACAUGUCGGACAUUGAUACCAAACCCAAUCUAGAGUUUCAAGAAUCAAUGCGCCUAAGGGAAAAGGCUGCAACAAGAAUGACUGCCAGAGUCGAAAACCUAAUUGCCAGCCAACCCGAAUUCACGUCGUCGUAUCAAGAUUCCAUCGGCUUCUUGACAGCCCCGCGCGAAGCUUUCAACUACAUUGACGAAGAUUAUCGGACUGUUGCCUGGGGAAUGAGUGGACUCAUUAUUGUUGCGUCAAUUUCAUUGAUUUUCUGGACAAUUUUGUUCCGAAAAAAUCCGGUGAUGAGAGCAUUCCAGCCAUUUCUGUUGAUUCAGUGUGCCGUUGGAGUGCUUCUCAUGGGAGUGACUAUUCUUUUAAUCGGCCUGGACGAUCAAAUGUUUGAUCAAGAUUUUCUGGAUUUUACAUGCAUGGCUGGCCCAUGGGCGUAUGUUGUCGGUUUCACCAUCUUUUACUCUUCUGUAUACUGCAAGAUUGAAGAAUGCACAAAGAUGUUCAGGGAUCCAAAGAAUAACAAAGUUCUAUUUGUGUCAUUAGGGACUGAUGCACAGCUCACUUCUCGAUUACUCUUUUUGAAUGGAGCCAUCCUUGCUGCUUGGACCGUUUCCGAUCCGUUGCGAUGGGUUCGGCAGGAAUUGGACGGCGGUAUGAUCUACCCAGAUGGUACUGUCGAAACAUAUGGCAUGUGCCGGGGAGGAGAGUUUACAUCCUUUGCUUUUGCCAGCGUGCUCUACUUCUUGAACAUGUUCAUCCUGGCCAUUGGAAUUGUUCGAGCAUUGAAGUGCCGAUUUUUGGUGUUGGAGUACAAUGAACUUCAGUGGUUGACUCUGUCACUUCUCCCAUUUCUCGAAAGCUGGAUGAUUGGAGGUUCUGUUCUUGCCAUCUCGCGGGACAAUCCAACUGUCGUCUUUAGCUCCCUCGCCUUUGUCAUUACGGUCAGUGCGGUCUGUGCUGGAUUGGCCAUUUUCGCGCCGAAAGAUUGGUAUGUACGAAAACACAAGUACAUGGAGACAAGAUCUCGGAAGGAAACAGAGCAUACAACUUCUGGAAUUCUAUUGCUGCAACAUCCCAAGUUCGAGAACCAGAAACUGCUGGAUAAUCUACAGAUACAGCUACGGGAGACUUUGACGCACAAUACCGAACUAGAAAUUGAAAUCCGUGGAAUGCAAGAGAGGUUUCGUGAACUAAACUACAUGAAUGAGCAGUAUGCGAACAGCCAAAGAACGGUUCGUGCCCUCGCUAGUCCCAGAGCAUCACGACUCUCGUACGGUGCAACUAAGAUACCAGUACCAGCACAAAUACCAGAGCUACAGGUAUGGAAGAUGCCCGACGAUGAAGAUGAGACGGAGGUGGAUCUCACUUCUGAAAUCGCCGCUGGACCGUUGGAGUCAUUCAGCCCUAUGAACAAAGGACAAGUGGACUACACAAACAAGACUUCAAAUGGCUUGCCAACGUCGUCGGUGAAUGAUCAUGCGAAAGCUAUCGGGGCAGAGUCCGCUUUAGACGAUCUUGUCAACGGCGAUGAUGUGGAGGCUCUUGGCAGUAAAGCUGAUAAGAUGGCCAAUAAAUUCAAGGCCAGUGCUGGCAGAGCUCUUAUUGGCGAUGGCGUUGAUCAAACCAACCUCCAAGAGAUGAUGAAACCGAACUUGUUCUCGAAUCAACGCAAACCAGGUGAACCCUCGGGGGAUGAUAGCUACACAAAAGAAGAAGAGAAACGCAGAUCACAAAGGACUACCGGUAGCACAGGGUCUGCCUCGAAAGAAUCUUCGCCUCCUAGUUCUGGAAAUCUCCGCCUGUCUCCGCAAGAUUCUGCGAAAAGGAGUGGGGUGUCGUUCAAACCUGAUACUCAAUUUAAUGCUGCUGCCCAAGAAACUGUUCCAACUCCUUAUAAUAUGGGAGAAUGGUCAGCAGUCGGUGUCACUGGUGGAGUUUUGGUGGAUAUGUCCGACACAUCAAGCUAUAGCUCGAAUACCAGCUCGGCUCAAUCGGCAACUUCAAUGGAAGCAACUAUGCGAGCUUCCGCUCUCGAUACACCCUUUGCAAAAGAGAUUGAUAAUUUGGUGGCGAAAAAGGAUUGGGACGGCUUGCAGCUAGUGGCAAAAUCCUACGAACCCUCAUCUGCGAUUGACGAGAAGAAGCGAAGAAAAAGAGAGUUGGAGGCUUCUUUCGCCAAGACUGCAAUUUCCAGAACUUCAAGUGGAGAAAAUGAAACCCAUGAAACCCAUUGGGCAUAA